UUUAAGAUAAUACAUAUUUGUAAAAAAAAUUCUAACAAAUAAUUUGUAUUUUUAGAUAAACUAAGAAAAAAAGUUAAGCAUGCUACGAUUGCAACUUCGUCUGCUGGUACCCAGAAAAGGAGACCCGGACGACCCCGUAAACAAAACAAAGAAGAAGUUUCGACAGUUCCGUUAAUGGAAAAAAUUCACGCUACUAUACGUGAAAAUAAACCAUCUCGACCAGUCUAUGCAUCCACGACUAAAGGUGGUAUGAAACUUAUAUAUGAUGGACAUCAUUUUCGGUACUCGUUCCGCAAAGGUCAAUAUUCUAUAUUUCAAUGUUGUUAUAAGGAAAAUAAAGAAGAAUGUAAAGUACGAGUUGUAUCAGACCAAAAGCGAGUUUAUCCUUUAGAUGGAGAACAUGUUCACUAUAUGCUUGCAACUGAUAAAAGUGUAACUUCAGUUAUGUUUGAACCUGAUCUGAAUAACGAUGGAGAAAAAGAAGCAAAACCUUCACAUUUAGAUUUAAUUCAAAGCAAAAGUGAUGAACAUGAGACGAAUGUAGCAAACACUUCUGUUAAAGUUCAUAAUUUAUCUAAUGUUCUUGAAAUAGAAAUACCAUUAAAUAAUGAGAAGGAAUCAAAAGAAUUUAUCAAAAUUAACAGUCAGGAAGAACAGUCACACUUUACGGAUGCGGAAAAUCCAGUUGAUUUUCGUGAAAAAUUAAAGAAACGUUUGCAAAAAGUACUUCUUGUUAUACCACAGUUUUCAGCAAACUGUAGACCACAAAAAUUCAUAAUCAGUCAAACAGGAACGACAUUGCUUGUCGUGAACGAUUUUUUAUACCGUUCUAAGUUAAGGCGAUUAGAGAGAGGACAUGAUACAGUUUAUUGGGAAUGUAUACAUAAUCGUUUAAGAAAAUGUCGAAGUCGGAUUAAAACAAUGGGAAAUGAUUUAUAUUUAAUAAAUGACUUACACAAUCACGCUAGCGAUAUUGACAGAAUUGAAGAGGCUGAAGAAGAUGGAUUAAUUGUGUUUAGAAGAUUGAGUUGGUUCUUAGAGAAGUAAUAAAUACUUCGCUUAUUCAUUUGGAAAAAAAACGUUACAUUAAAUUAUCUUGAUUAUUAAAAAUAAAAUUUAAUUUUUUUUGGACGGACGAGCAUAAAUUGUUAGUUUCACAAUUAAAUCAUCCUUGAAGAAGUACACAACAUAACAACUUUGUAUAUGUGAUAAGGCAAAUAGUUAUUGUGGUCUUGAUGAAGCCGAAACUUCUGUCGAAAAACACAAAGCCAGACCUUAUAAAUAAAAUUUAUAUUUCUGGAAGAAACUAUUAAUAAACUUUAACAAGAAGUGAUUUUCUUACCUGCUAACUUUUACAGCAUGCAUGCCAUGCAAGCAUGCAGAACAUGUUUAAUAUUUAAUCAAACAAUAAUAUUCUUACGUUGACAAAAAAUUA